AUGCGCCUCCCCUCCCUCGCCCUCAUCGGCACAGCCCUCAGCGCCAUCACCGCCCUCGCAGCCCAAGACCCCGUCCAGAAAUGGUCCCAGCUCGCAGCCAAGUCUCGCGACGGCGUCAUCAAGCUCGACUCGGAGAGUUAUCAGGAUCUGUUGGCGCUGGAUAGGGAGUAUAGUGUGACGGUAUUGCUGACGGCGUUGCCGGCGCAGUUCAAGUGUCAGCCUUGCCACAAUUUCGACCCGUCAUUCUCUCAAGUAGCAGACUCCUGGGCCCGUCUUCCUAGAUCCGCGCGGGACCAACACUUUUUCGCGAAACUCGACUUUGCAGAUGGUCAGGCCGUGUACAGCCAGCUCGGCCUGACGUCGGCGCCGACCGUCAUGUUCCACCCGCCCCUUGCUGGGGAGAGGAGGAACAAUAAGCUGGGUGUGAUUAAUUAUGAUAUGAACAGGAAUGGUUUGAGCGUACAGCCGUUCUACUCUUGGGCCAAGAACCUUACUCCUCAAUCGUUCGACCUCCACGUUCCCCUCAACCCCUGGCCAUUCAUCCUCAUCCCCCUCGCCCUCGCCUUCACCGCCAUAUCCCUCUACACCCUCUCCCCCAUCCUCAUCCCCCUCAUCCAAUCCCGCGUCGUCUGGGGCACAUUCUCGAUUAUCCUCAUCUUGACCUUUACUUCGGGGUACAUGUGGAACAAGAUCAAGGGGGCGCCGUAUGUGGCGGUGGCGAAGGGUGGGGGUGUUAGUUGGAUUGCGGGGGGGUAUCAGAACCAGUUGGGGUUGGAGAGUCAGGUUGUUGGUGGGAUUUACGGCCUUCUUGCGUUUUCUAUCGUCGCCCUCACUGUAUUCGUCCCCUCCCAAUCAUCCCCCGCCAAGCAGCGUAUCGGCGUCUACCUCUGGCUCGGCAUGCUCGUCGUGGUCUUUAGCUUGCUCAUGAAGUUGUUCAAGAUGAAGAAUGGCGGAUAUCCCUUCUCUCUGCUCUUCUAA